AACAGAUCCAAGGCCAAAUGUCUACCGCCGCCACCACCACCGCUUUCACCAACGAGAUCUGUCCUCAGGCUCCCGAAGAUGCUCUCUUCGGACUUAUGGCCGCCUACCGCGCGGAUAGCGACUCGAAGAAGGUAGACUUGGGCAUUGGAGCUUACCGUGAUGACAACGCGAAGCCUUGGGUAUUGCCUGUGGUCAAGCAGGCCGACGAAAUCAUCCGAAACGAUCCCAACCUCAACCACGAAUACCUCCCAAUCGCCGGUCUCCCCGAAUUCACAUCUGCCUCCCAAAAGCUAGUCUUGGGCAAGGACUCUGCGGCGAUCAAAGAGAAGCGUGCCAUUUCCCUCCAGACCAUCUCCGGCACAGGAGCCUGCCAUUUGGGAGCUCUGUUCCUCGCCAAAUUCUACACACCUUCCAGCAACGCCUCGAUCUAUGUGAGCAACCCAACCUGGGCAAACCACAACCAGAUCUUCGGCAAUGUUGGCAUCUCCGUCAAGACAUACCCAUACUUCUCCAAGCAGACCAAGGGCCUGGAUUUCGACGGCAUGAUCAACGGUCUCCAAUCGGCACCAGAAGGCAGCAUCAUCCUCCUCCACGCCUGCGCACACAACCCGACUGGAGUUGACCCGACUCAAGAACAAUGGAAGAAGAUCGCUCAAGUUAUCAAAUCCCGCAAACAGUUCCCCUUCUUCGACACAGCCUACCAGGGUUUCGCCUCGGGCUCUCUCGAAAAGGACGCCUGGGCUAUCCAGUACUUUGUCUCGCAAGGCUUCGAACUCCUCGUGGCGCAAUCAUACGCCAAGAACUUCGGUCUCUACGGUGAGCGCGCUGGGUGCUUCCACUUCGUCGCCGCACCCGGCCAAGGCUCAGCGGAGACCACAACCCGUGUCGGCUCCCAGCUCGCCAUUCUUCAACGCUCCGAGAUCUCCAACCCACCCGCCUACGGAGCUCGCAUUGCAUCGCUGGUGCUGAACGAUGCCAAGCUGUUUGCGCAGUGGGAGGAGGACCUCCGCACUAUGUCUGGUCGUAUCAUCGAGAUGCGCAAGACAUUGCGGGAGAAGCUCGAGAAGGCCGGCACACCGGGAACCUGGAACCACAUUACGGAUCAGAUUGGCAUGUUCAGUUUUACGGGUCUGGAUCCCGAGCAAGUAGCCAAGUUGCAGAAGGAGUACCACAUCUAUAUGACGAAGAAUGGACGGAUUAGUAUGGCGGGGUUGAAUACGAAGAAUAUUGACUAUUUCGCGGAGUCGGUGGAUGCGGUGGUGAAGGCGAGUGCGAAGUAGACGGUUGGAUAGAGGAGAGCUGAAGAAGACUUGGAUAGAGGUGAUUAUGAUUGGAGAUCGAUACUUGGACACGAGAGGCGAGUUUGGCAUAAACGGGGCUUGGGUGUGGUAGAUUCGGUACAGCAAAAGUAGGGAGGAACGAGGAGUAGCAGCACAGCAUGGUCUGAUUGAAUAGCUGAUGGCAGUGGAGGAGGAUACUUGGUUACAUGGGCAGCACCUACACAUC